UGCGCGCGCCGUGCGCUGUCCGCGGUGCUGAAGCCAGGGAGCGCGCGAGCCGAGCGCCUCGCACUGCCAUGCCCGCAGUCCCGCGCCACGGAUUUGCACGCGCCUCCUGACCGCCUCACUGCCUUCAUUGAUCAGAGCGCGAGGGGCAGUUUGAAAGAAGCGCGGCGGAAGCGCGGCCGAGGGAGCGGAGCCAAGCGGCUGAAAACGGGGGAUUUUACCCCAGAGCGGGGGACCGCGCGCCGAGAACUGCCCAAGACCGCGGCAGCCGCCGCCGCCGCCGCCCCCCCAGCGCCCCACCUCACCCCACCCCCACCCCUCCAACCGGCAGCCACCAUGUACGGCCUGAACGCGCUCGGGAUCUAUCUGUGGGAGACGAUCGUCUUUUUCAGCUUGGCGGCAUCGAAAGAAGCGGCGGCACGGAAGGCGGUGAGUCCCAUGCCCCCCUCAGAGUUCCUGGACAAGCUGAUGGGCAAAGUUUCCGGAUACGAUGCCAGAAUCCGGCCAAACUUUAAAGGUCCUCCUGUAAACGUGACCUGCAACAUCUUCAUUAACAGUUUUGGCUCCAUCGCAGAGACAACAAUGGACUACAGGGUGAACAUCUUCCUGCGGCAGCAGUGGAACGACCCGCGGCUCGCCUACAGCGAGUAUCCAGACGACUCCCUGGACCUGGAUCCCUCUAUGCUUGACUCUAUCUGGAAGCCCGACCUGUUCUUCGCCAACGAGAAGGGGGCCAACUUCCACGAGGUGACCACCGACAACAAACUGCUGCGCAUCUCUAAGAACGGCAAUGUGCUCUACAGCAUACGGAUCACGCUGGUCCUCGCCUGCCCCAUGGACCUGAAGAACUUCCCCAUGGACGUCCAGACGUGCAUCAUGCAGCUGGAGAGCUUCGGAUACACCAUGAACGACCUCAUCUUCGAGUGGGACGAGAAGGGAGCCGUGCAGGUGGCCGAUGGCCUCACGCUUCCGCAGUUCAUCCUGAAGGAGGAGAAGGACUUGCGCUACUGCACCAAGCACUACAACACAGGGAAAUUCACCUGCAUCGAGGCCCGUUUCCACCUGGAGAGGCAGAUGGGAUACUACCUGAUCCAGAUGUACAUCCCCAGUCUGCUCAUCGUCAUCCUCUCCUGGGUGUCCUUCUGGAUCAACAUGGACGCGGCACCGGCGCGGGUGGGCCUGGGCAUCACCACCGUGCUCACCAUGACCACCCAGAGCUCCGGCUCCCGAGCCUCCCUGCCCAAGGUCUCCUACGUGAAGGCCAUCGACAUCUGGAUGGCCGUGUGUCUGCUCUUCGUGUUCUCCGCCCUGCUGGAGUAUGCGGCCGUCAACUUCAUCGCCCGGCAACACAAGGAGCUGCUGCGGUUCCGCAGGAGGAGGCGGCACCUCAAGCCGGAGGGGACACCACCUGGGACAACAACGUGUCGGGCUGUGUUGCAGGAGGACGAGACGGGCGAGGGCCGCUUCAGCUUCGCCGCCUACGGCAUGGGCCCCACCUGCCUGCAGGCCAAGGACGGCAUGGCCAUCAAAGGCAACAAUAACAAUGCGCCGUCCUCGGCCAACCCGCCCGAGAAGUCAGUGGAGGAGAUGCGCAAGCUGUUCAUCGGCCGCGCCAAGCGGAUCGACACCGUGUCGCGCGUCGCCUUCCCCCUCGUCUUCCUCAUUUUUAACAUUUUCUACUGGAUCAUCUACAAGAUCAUCCGCAGCGAGGAUGUGCACAACCAGUGAGUGCGCGGCGAAGAAGGCCAAGCCCUCUUGGGUCCCCCCAUCCCCCAUCCCCCAUGCCCCAUGCCCCACCCCAAGCCCCUCCUCCACGCUCACCUGCUCCUGGCGGGGACUCCUUGGCACAGGCGUUCAUCCAUAUUCAUCUUUUUCUUGCCCCGCCUUGACCCACCCCCUCCCCC